CCGUUUCUGCGCACGUGCGUGCUCUCUCAAAUGCAUAGAUAAAUCUUUAAAAAAAAAAAAAUGGGUGAAGAUGCAGCAGGUGAGUCUGGUGCGGCCCCCAGACCCCCAACUCCUGAUCGAAGCUCUUUUGCGGGCGGUGUUGCUGCUCCUGCAGGCCCAACUCCUAGGGCAGCCGAUACGGCAGCCAUGCACUGGGCCUGGCUCUUGGUAUAAGUGGGGCCGCAGUGAGGACCCAGGAGGGAGGGCAGAGACCACACCAGGGAGCUCCACAGGGCACAAGGGCAGCGUUUUGCCCAGGACGGGUGUGCUGAUAGGUGCCCGUGUUGCGUGUGCUGAGAACUGGAAGGACCAGGUAGCUGCAGGGUGACACUUAAUGCCACCUGUGGGCAGCAUUCCAUGUUCAUUCAGAAGCGGGGCUGGCAGCCUCCUUCUGCGUUUGCUCCCAGAUUUCCCUUGAAAGGUCCGGCACGGGGUGUCUAGCAACGAGUGCAUGGGAGAACAGGCUCCAGGUGCCUGCGGUGCACACACCAACAGUCUUGCUCGCUGAGCACAAUCUGGAUUUUGAUGUGCUUAAAAACUCAAGAGAUGGAGAACGGGAGAGGCAGCAAGCAAAUCUUUGUUCAGGCUGUGAUGGGCGUGCUGGCAGUUUGAGGGCCAGGCCACCUGACUACACAGGAGGGACACGUGAACGGACUGGUGUGACAGCCACAGCUGUCUGUCAGCAGGCUUUCAUUACCUUGGACUCCUGGUCUUGUUGGUUUACCGUCUGACUGGUUUUUCAUCCCCUUUGCCACCUCCUGCCCCGUGACGCCCUGGCUGGAUCCGCACUUCCCUGACCCUUGCCUCAAGGCCGCUCCAAGCUCCCUGUCCUCCAGUCCUGUGGCCCCUCCUGAUGGGCGGAGUCCCUUCCAGGGGAUCGUAAAUGGCUCCCAGAAGAGAUCCCUGGCCUAACCCCUGGAACCUCUGACUGUUAACUUAGAGGACAGGAAAUAGAUUCUACAGGUGCAAUCAAGUCAAGGCUCUUGAGAUGGGGAGAAGGUUCUGAAGGUCCGGGAGGAUGCUAAAUCCCAUCCCAUGGAUCUUGUAAGAGGAACAGAACUGACAGCAGCGUGCCGACGGGGGUGGAUGGAGUGGGGUGACCUGGAGCCCCCGGGAGCUGGAGAUUCAGGGAACCUUCCCCCAUGUCUCUAUGGGAGUGCGGCCCCCGGGACACUUUGAUUUCAGCGCCGUGAAAUGGAUUUUGGUCUUUGGCCUCCACAGCUGUUAGAGAAUACGUUUUUGUCAAUUUAAGCCACCAGCUUUUUAGUGACUUGUUUCUGCAGACACAGAAAAUGACCACAAACAGGACAGUCAGGGAUUUCAAAACAGAAAUGACUGUACAUGAGGCCUAGCCCAGAGCCUUCAGCUGCUUGAUGGUGUCCUUCAGUCACCUGGGGUCACCUCCGCCUGAAACACACACUCUUCACCCUAAGGUUCCCCGUUGCCUUGCUGGCAAUGGAGGUGGGCCCUGCAUCCCACCGCUUCCUGGGGCCCACGGCACGUGCUCCUCAGGGAGAGCCCAAUUUCCAGCCCAGUGGCCUGCAGCCGACACUGCAGACCCAUGAGGAAGCGGUGGUUGGGUCUCGGGGGGAAUGGUUGGCUUUGACCUGUGGCUCCAAGGUCAUCUCCAGACUGGAACACAGCCGGGCCCGGCCCCUGACACACACCUGCUACCUGGGAGAGCAGCAUGUGUGAAGGACACGGGCACCUUGGCCCGGUCAUUAGACUUUUUGAAACCAAUGGCAAAUAUUAUCUGGUGCUCUUUUUACAGCAGCAAGAACCUGUGCCUGUUGGAAUAGGUGCACGCCAGCCAACCAGGUGCGUGGGAAAGCCACACAGGCUGCACCAUUCUUCUGUCCCCCAGGUGAUGCCCUGGGAAAGGUCACAACUGCCUAAACCUUUAAAACCCCAGGGGGAAACAAACAUUCCCUGUGCUGGGACUCAGCUGCAACUCUGCAUGGGUGUCUCGCCUGUUUUUUAAUUCACUCUCUUUGUAACUAAUUUUUCUUAAAGUAGCAAAAGGAGACCAUAGAUACUGAGCAGAGGAUAUCUAUUCCUAACUCUUGUAAGAAUUUCCAUCGUCCUUGCAGAAGCUGACCUUCGGGUGAGUGUCUGGUGCCCCAAGGGCAGUGUGACACAGGGCCCAUGGAAAAGGGGUGCCAGGCCUGGAGGCCCCUCAGGUGACUGGCCCCUUGGGAAGAGCCCUUGCCCGUCCAGGCUGGGUGGGUGCCUGGAGCAGGGAGGGCAGUGAGCCGGUGUCUCAGCAACAGAGGGCCGGGGGCCACCUCGGGCCGGCAACUCUCACAGGGGCUGGUCUUCUGGCAGGUGUAGUGAGAAGACCCAAGGGCGUUUUACUUAGCUGUCUGGCUCUCUGGACACUGGGGAGAGGGUUGUGCUCAGCCUGGCCUGUUCAGCAUAGCCUACAGAAACAGGAUUUACUCCACUUUGGGCUCCACCAGCCCCACCUGGUUGGACUCGGGGAGGAGGAGGAGGCACUGUCUUAUUUCCAGCCUCACAGGUAAACAUCCCUCCUGUUCCACGAUGAGAGGCGCCAGGCUGAUGGGGGCACUGCUCGCCCUGGCUGGCCUGCUGCAGGUGGCCCUGUCCCUGAAAAUAGCAGCCUUCAACAUCCGAACUUUUGGGGAGACCAAGAUGUCCAAUGCCACGCUCUCCCACUACAUUGUGCAGAUCCUGAGCCGCUAUGACAUUGCUGUCAUCCAGGAGGUCAGAGACAGCCACCUGACAGCCGUGGGGAAGCUGCUGGACAUACUCAAUCAGGAUGACCCCAACACCUAUCAGUUCGUGGUCAGUAAGCCGCUGGGCCGCAACAGCUACAAGGAACAGUACCUCUUCUUGUUCAGACCCAACCAGGUGUCUGUACUGGACAGCUACCAGUAUGACGACGGCUGCGAGCCCUGCGGGAACGACACUUUCAGCCGCGAGCCCGCCAUCGUCCUGUUCCACUCCCCGCUCACCGCGGUCCAGGCCUUCGCCAUUAUUCCCUUGCAUGCGGCCCCCCUGGACGCCGUGGCGGAGAUGGACUCGCUCUAUGACGUCUACCUGGAUGUCCGGCAGAAGUGGGACCUGGAGGACAUCAUGCUCAUGGGCGACUUCAAUGCUGGCUGCAGCUACAUGGCCCCCUCCCAGUGGGCCUCCAUCCGCCUGCGCAUGAACCCGGCCUUCCAGUGGCUGAUUCCUGAUACCGCAGACACCACGGCCACCGCCACGCACUGUGCCUAUGACAGGAUUGUGGUGGCAGGGACGCUGCUCCAGCAUGCCAUCGUUCCGGACUCGGCCACCCCCUUUGACUUCCAGGCUGCCUAUGGCCUGAGCAGCGAGCUGGCCCAGGCCAUCAGCGACCAUUACCCGGUGGAGGUGAUGCUAAAGAUGGUUUGAUGUGAAUGGGGCCUGGGCUGGUGACCUCUCCCCUCUCCAGCUUGCCUGUCCUCACGGCGGUCACCAGCUACAGGAGAGAAGGCAGUGAGCUCUGAGCUGUUACCGGUGACUCCCCCCCAGGGGAUCCCGCCGGGGCCUGAAACGCUAAAGCCCCAAGAGCGGGUUUUAAAGAAGGCUCCCUCCACCCCCCACUGGCCGCCAGCACAAAGAAGCUUCCCAGAAGGCUCUUCACCUAAAAGCAAGCAGCUGAAGUCAACGCGCCUGCUGCUGCCCUAGCCUCUCAACGUGGGAGCUACCUGACAACAAGCUGGGGCCUGGGUCCCUGAUGCCACCAGCCCAGAUGUGACUCGAGAACUAAACUCUGCCUAGUCUAUACCAUUGACUUCUCCUGGAUUAUCCAACACAGACGUGCAGGGAGAGGGGAACACAGGGAAGACUGGAGCCUGUUCAGAGGCGAUGUCCGACAAAAUGGCACGAUGGAAAUGAAAAUGCCACCUAGGUGCUGUUAACCAUAAACACAUAACUGACAGCACAUGGAAAUUCAGACAGGCCCACACCAGGAACUGGAGGAGUCUGCCACCAGCCAGCAGCAAGGAGGGCCUGAGGCCCAAGCCCCAUGGCCUGAAACACCCCCUGGCGAACCCCAGAUGCUUGGUCACUUCCUUCCUCACUGCUGUUCUGGUGCAGCAGAUGAAAUCCCAGCCCUGGGAGGGCCUGCUUAAUGGGCAUGGGUGUCUUUUUGAGAGGAAGAGAAUGUUCUGGAACUGGAUGGUCAUGGUUGCACAACUUGUGAAUGCAUGAAGGGCCACUGAACUGUUUACUUUUUAAAAGGGUGAAUUUUGGGGAGCAUGGGUGGCUCAAUCAAAUGUCUGCCUUCAGCUCAGGUCA